AUGAUCCCGGACGCUUCGGAUCUUGUUUUUGUAUCAGACAGGGCUAACUCCAUUGCUUCAGCGCUGGAGGAUGUUUAUCCCUUAUCUCACCAUGGAAUCUGCAGGAUCCAUCUGCUCCGCAACAUCACUCCUACAUAUUCAAAGACUGGUCUACUUCCUCUGGUGGAAAGCGCUGCUGAUGCUUACACGUGUUACGAGUUCUGGUACAAUAUCAUGACUACCAACAUUGCAGAGUCUCUCAAUUCUAUGUUGAAGCUGCCUCGUGAGUUGCCACUGAUCUCUCUCCUUGAGACGAUCAGAUUGACACUCACCACUUGGUUUUUUGAGCGACGCGAAGCGGCUGCGAAACAUAAGCACCUGGUUACUCCAAAAGUUGUGCAGAAGUUGGUAUCCAGGUUUGGGGCUGCAAUGGUGCUGAAUGUGUAUCAAGUUGAUCAAAACGAGUUUGAGGUGAAGGAUGAAACUAUGAAGUAUGUUGUUGAUUUGGAGAAACGGCAUUGCACUUGUAAUGUUUUCGACAUUGACAAGAUUCUCUGCAUUCAUGCAAUUACCGCUGCUAAGUAUAUUAAGAGAGAUGAAAACCGUUACGUCGAUACUUCUCACUUGACAGAAACGUGGGCUAAAGCCUAUGCCGAAAGCAUACACCCUGGUGGAGAGUUGUCAACGUCCACCUAUCCAGCGAAUAUUGACGAACUGUCUUGCCUACCUCCAGCUACCAAAAAGAGAAGUGGACGUCCUCCUACAAAGAGAAAGAGAUCCGUUGGCGAGUUUGGUGUUCCUGGAUCUAAAUAUCAGUCCCACAAGUGCAGCAGAUGUGGCAUAGGAGGACACAACAAAAUCACAUGCAAGAGGCCUAUAGGAUGA